CUCCUGUCCUCCAUCUGGUCUCCAUUUGGAGCGGGAGUAUAAAACGGUUGCACAGGGCGAGAGCGAACCACAGAGCUGAGCUCUCAAAAUUCACGUAUACACACUGUACUGUAUGUAAUAGACUGUUGCAACUAUGGCUACGGUGCUAUGGGUCUUUCUGCUCUGUCUGCAUGGAUGUCUGCUCACACAUGCUCUGGACUGCGCAGGUAGAGGUGCAGACUGCGCAGGCACACAGGUUACAGAGGCCAAGGUUAAAGAUAACCCCUUCUCAUUUUUGCUGAGGACUCGAAGACAAGCACAGCAUGGAGUUCAGCGGCCUGGAUCUUACUCGGUCAAAGGAUCUCCCAACACACUCAUCCAAAUGACGCAAGCUGACAAGCCAAAAAAACAUUGGCACAACAGUAAAAGGAAGACCAACAAGUCUCGCAUUGGCUCUUACUCCCUGCUCGAAUAUAACCCUGCAAUUAACCCCAUACAGGCCACAAGUGUUCACAAACCCUUCAAAGAUGUUGAUGAUCCAAAAUUGGCUGCUUUAAAGUCCAUUAAGAGGAGGACCAGAAGAAGUGCACCCAAGAGAAACAAGACCAGGAACACAACAUGCUCAUAAAAUAAAGUGCAGAGAAUAUAAAGAUAUAUCACACUUACUUCCAGUCUGACAUCUGAGUACCUGAAGACAUAAGAUCACAGACUUUAAUUUGAUCUAAACACUGUACAAUAACAAUGAAUCAAAAUGAUUUAAUGAUCUGGCACUAUAAUGAUAGGAAACAUACGUAUAUGUGUUAAAUAUGGAGCUUUGAAACUAUUACAGUUUUUCCUUUUAUCUUUUUUUACCUAAUCAAUAUUGUAAUAAGUUAUAUAAGUCUAUAUACACUGCUUCACCAGAUACAUAUAUACUGUAUAAAUGCAUUUUUAUAAAGUACCAUUAAAUACAUUUUCUCACA